UUACAUUUUAGUCGGUCGGCUGCCGCUGUUGAAAAAACGACGCUCUUUUUAUCACUGCCUUUGUCCGUGUGUGUUAAAAGCAGGCGCAGGUGAAUGUAAAUACGAGGAGCAAAGAGAAGGUCUCGCAGCCCUACACCGAGUGUUUCGAAAAUUAAAGACAGAUAAGCGAUGGCCGGCAAAGCAAAAAGGUUGAUUGACGUCCGACGAGCGUUGAAAGUUGAGGCGUUGGCCCUGCUGAGGUGAGGCCUGCAGAACAUGGUGAAGAAGAAAAAGGAGAGCUCGACCGAGUCAAUGAGCACCCCUACGUAUACGGAGCUCCACCAGUACAAUGGGGAGCAGAGCAGCUGCGAGCUGGGCAACUUUGUGAUAAAGCAGGAGCCGUACGACAUUUGGCCUCAGGAGGUGAAGCGCGAGCAUGAGCACCCUGACAUCCCUGGCCUGGUGACCAGCGACGACGAGCAGCUGGCGACCUCCUACCACCAGCAGUUGAUGGCGGCGGCCUCGUCCUUUGCGCCUUCGCCCGGCCAGGCCCAACAGUUGGGCGGCCCUGAGCAGCUUUCGGAGCAGCAGCGGCCCUUCGAGUGCCAGGUGUGUGGAAAGAAGUUCAUGCGAAAGUGCCACCUGCAGGUGCACCAGGUGAACCACUCUGGCGAAAAACCCUUUUCCUGCUCGGUGUGCCAGCGCAGCUUUUCGCAAAAGUCCACCCUGUUUUCGCACUCGCUCACUCACUCGGGCGUCAAACCCUUCGAGUGCAACGUGUGCAGAAAGGCGUUCGCCCAAAAGUGCAAUCUGCAGACGCACAUGUUGGUGCACACCGGCCAGAAACCAUUUACCUGCAAGGUGUGCGGAAAGUGCUUCUCCCAGAAGUGCAACCUCCAGAUCCACGAACGCAUCCACACUGGCGAGCGACCCUACACAUGCAAGGUGUGCGGCAAGUGCUUCACCCGUUCUGGCACGCUGAUGGUGCACAACCGGGUGCACACCAAGGAGAAGCCGCACAUCUGUAAGGUGUGCGGCAAGCGCUUUUCGCAGAGCAGCAACCUGAUGAACCACAGCCUGACCCACACCAGCAGCCGACCGUUCGAGUGCCGCGAGUGCGGCCAGGCCUUCAACAACACCGGCAACCUCAGCCACCACGUGCGCAAGUGCCACCCGGCCUCCUCGUGAGUGACAAUCAACCCCAACACAACUCGAUUAUUCCAUGUGCCAUUCACUAAUUUUAGAGUUUGAAAUUUUGAUCUCGGAUUCGGACCUGUGGUUGAAUAUUUCCCAAAAGUAUAAAUUUGUCUUCAGCCACCCAAUGAUAUUUUUUCUGAAAGAAAGUGAAAAUGCUGGGUGCUAAAUGAAAGAAUGUUGAAAGUUAUAAUUAUUAUAUAUUAUUCCAAGUAGCUGCCUUAAAAACGACUAAUCCUGCAAAGGCCCUCAAUAAGAAACUGUACAAAAACCGCGGCGAGGUGAAUUAUUUCAAAGAUUCCUUCGAACCCUUUUACUCCUGUGCUGUAUAUAGUUGAAAGCGGUUGAAAGUGUAUCAAGCUAAAAUUAACCCCCGCGAAUUGAAAUAUAUUUAACAGAUUUACACCUAGAGCAUUUAAUUAACAAUUAAUUAAGAGAAUUAAAACUUGCAACCCUCUCUUGUUGGCGUAGUGGGUGAGGGUGAGACGCAUUCCUCUCUUUGUCUCGUCUUGAUUUAUAAUUUUUUUUCGUUGGCAAUCGAUUUUCCAUCCCAACGCAUAUCUCGGUGUACAACUGUCCUUCUGUGAUUACUAGCCAUAUGCAAACAAAUUGCAAUAAAUAAUUAGAGCUGGAAAAAAGCAAA